GCGCCAAUCAGUGUUGACUUUGUCCUGCGUCUGGAAGUAAAGUUUUGGCCUUGGCAUAUGCCGCCACGUGACCAGCAGAUCCACUCCUCCGCCGGACAUUUUCCUCAGCUGGACUCCGGCGAUUCAUUUUCCGGCCAACUUCUCUCUUCUCCCACCUUUUCUCUCUUCCUUCCAUUAAUUCCGCUCCAACUUCUCUCCAUUUCCUCCUCCAACUUCUAAUUCCAGGGCUCGCUUUUGAUGGCCAAACCCAAGGCUCCGAGGCAAACCCUAGAUUCCUACACUGUCAAACGCAUCAACAAAACCAUUAAAGCCGGCGACUGCGUGCUUAUGAGGCCCUCUGAACCCUCGAAACCGUCGUAUGUGGCCAAGAUUGAGAAGAUUGAGGCGGAUUCUCGCGGGGCCAAUGUGAAGGUCCAUGUUCGCUGGUAUUACCGGCCGGAGGAAUCGAUUGGGGGUCGGAGACAGUUUCAUGGCUCGAAGGAGUUGUUUCUCUCCGACCAUUACGACGUUCAAAGCGCAGAUACCAUCGAGGGAAAGUGUACGGUGCAUACAUUUAAGAAUUAUACCAAGCUUGAUGCUGUUGGGAAUGAGGACUAUUUUUCCCGUUUCGACUAUAAUUCCGCUACUGGGGCUUUCACUCCCGAUCGAGUGGCUGUAUAUUGCAAAUGUGAGAUGCCUUAUAAUCCCGAUGACCUAAUGGUUCAGUGCGAGAGAUGCAGUGAUUGGUUUCAUCCUGCUUGUAUAGAAAUGUCUGCAGAAAAAGCUAAAAAACUUGACCACUUCUUCUGUGAAAGUUGUUCUCCAGAGGGUCAAAAGAAGUUGCAGAAUUCACAGUCUACAUCUAAAAUUGCAGAGACAAAGGUGGAUUCGAAACGACGACGGAGGUGAUGAUAGUGUAAAUAAACAAAAUACAUUGACUUAGAGUCGUUAAGAACCAAAGCUUCGAAAUUCCUAAUGAGUUGGAACAACUGCAUAGAUUUAGGAUCAUGUAAAUACUACCUACUGUGUGUGUCCAGAUUCAUUUCUAGAAGAGGGACUGGUUUGAAAUGUAUUGAAGUUCUUUUAUUUGA